AUGCUUGGACAACAAAACAUCCGUCCGAGUUUAUCGGAACAACCAGCAUGGUUGGAAAGUCAAAAUAAAAAGAGAACUAUACCUAAUCAUUUAGUAUCGAGAAGAAAAACGGGAUUCCAAAUUUCCACUUCAGCUCAAUCGAAGAAAGAUAUAAAGAAUGGUGAUUAUUUACAAUCUUCCAAUUCUUUCAACUUGGUAUCUUUUGGUGGAUCUCCAAGGAAAUUGACUUUAGACAGUAGAGCCAGUACUAAUAAUGGAUUUGAUACAACCGUAGGGGAUUUAACUAAGUACGAUGAAACCAAUAGAACCAUGAAUGAUGAAUUGUCCAGUUACGAAUUUGAUAAUGAUUUACCACCUUUAAAAUCAAUCUAUGACUUAAAUGAUGAACUUUUAUUGUCAUUAGAUAAACCAACUCAUUCAGAUUCUAUCUUGAAUAAAGAUCCAAAAUCAUUCAAUAACGUAUUCAAUCAUGGUAAUGAUCAAUUAACACCUGUUGAUAAAAAAGAAGAUAAGAUUGUCAAUCCAUUAGAACAUGGAGAAUCAGGAAUUUUGGUGUUUGGGUACCCUGAAAAUAUGUCAAAUCAAGUAAUUCAACAUUUCCAACAAUUUGGUAAUGUUUUAGAAGAUUUUGAAGUUAAUAGAAAGAAAAAGACUUUCUUCCAAUCUAAUGAAAAAAUAUUCCCUUGUUUCAUGGGACCUUCAUGGGUUAAAAUCACUUAUGAUAAUCCUGCCAGUGCUAUGGAUUCUCUUCAAGAAAAUGGAUCUAUCUUCAAUGGGGUCUUAUUGGGAGUUAUUCCUUAUACUAAAGAUGCUAUUGAGAAAUUACAAAAUAGAAAAUUAUCAGAUAAUGAAGAUAUAGGGGGCAUCGGAGAAAGAAAGAAACAGGAUAAUGAUACUACUGCAAACCACACUAUGAAUAAUGCUAGUCCACAAACUCAAUCAAAUUUAAGUAGUUUGGAAGUCAAAAGUAAUAAUGUAUUUUUACAAGAGAAUGGUACUGUUGACCCUGCUAAAUCCAACUCAAAGAAUAAUUUGGGAUUCUGGGAUAACACCAUGAAAUUUUUAUUUGGAUUUAAUGAAUUAUAA